AUGAGAUCCAUCAACACCCCAACUAUCUCACAAGAAUACGACGAGAUAUUGAUCCAUGUGAAAUGGACGGCGCCUACUCCUCUUGACCUUCACCAAGCAGAUGGCGGUCUUCUAGUUGAACCUCCCCAUAGAACUGGGUCGACCUCUGCCGGUAUUGUCGUUGAAGUCGGACCCGACGUAAAGCACUUCAGUUUUGGCGACAGAAUUCUAGAUGGUUUCUCGCUAGAGCAGGUCGUCACGCUUCUCGAGAAUCUUGUCACCGCAUUCAAUACAAUCUCAGCCGAUCUAGGACUACCCACCCCAUGGCCAAAACCCGAAGGCUACGUACCGCCUCGGGCCAAAGGCAAGGUUUUGAUCUGGGGCGCCUCGUCUUCCGUAGGACAACUCACCAUAGCAGUCUUGAAACUCUACGGAUAUCGUCACUCGAAGGGCGCCGAGGAAGUCUUCGACUAUAGGAGCCCGUCGGUCGUUGAUGACUUUUUGAAGACCUAUCAAGAGGGGGAUGCGUCAGCCUUCCCGCUCAUCGUUGAUUGUGUUGGCUCGCAGGCCGGUUCAGUCGAUGCACUUUUCAAGGUCGCCCAGAGCGGCGCGACAAUCGCGAUAAUGUUGCCCGUCAUCUUCAUGCAUGCGACUGAGGAAGAAGCACCUGAAUACUCGAUGGAUGCUAAUACUAGUGCCCCGUGGGCUGGAGGCGUGAGCCUAGAGAUCAUUCCCUCACUCAUAGCAGACGGCUAUGUAACACCGGAUCGCUUCCCUACCAAGGCGUUAGAUUCAUUUUGGAAAGGGAUGAGCGGAAAGAAACUUAUCUGGAGGGCCUCCGAGGAAUAA